AUGCCGAAUUUCUCCUACAGCAGCUGGCUCAUCGCCAUCCCUCCUACCGAGCUUGCCCCUCCGCUGUACACGGAGUACCAUGAAGCUGAGCUACAUCUUCCGCAACAUGACUGGUCGAAAACCCGUCCCGGAGAUGGACAAAGAUUUUUCUUUGUCGCCGGGCAUGUGAGAGGUGUGCAUUUCUGGAAAUGUACGUCUCCCUCGCUAAUCACACAAACGUACCUCUUCCAAUUCACCCAAAGCUUUGUCUUUGACAACUAUACUUGGAACGAUGACGGGUCGUUAUGUUCCAAAUACAAUGGGCACUGGAUUCCUUCGCAGAUACCUUAUUCAGCACUUAUACGAGGACCGAUCGUUGGGGAGCCAUUCCCAGACAAUGUUCACGCAUCCCCCGCAGUCAGCAGAGUAUACUUUGACCAAGUUUGCCCCAAAAAGCUCAAGCUUGCACGCAAUGCAGUUCACGCCGAUCUUGUCUCCAAAUUCUCGGCCGAGCUCGUCACGGACGCGUGGGUGACUACAAUCAGAGAAAUCGAGGAUCCGACCUGGGGGGUACGCCUGGCACUGAAGGACAUCUGGUCGUCAUUCUCGACCUCCCCCAUCAUCACCCACUUCGGAUGGUCCUCGCUUGUGGAACGUGCCUUCGAUCACAAUAGCGGGCUUAUCAUCCCCAAGACAUUGUCCAUGCCCACAAUAGCCGACCACCCGUUCACGUCCAACGCAGAACGAUACUCUCCGAUACCAGGCCUUCUCGCUAUCCAUGUUCGUCGUGGGGAUUACGAGCAGCACUGCCCACGUCUCGCUCAGAAUUCCGACGGCUUCGUCGGCGUCACGAACUUCCAAGACAUGCCUGACCAAUUCGUAGUCCUUCCCAAACAAGGCGGGGAAACUACUAUUGAUCACUUCGAACACUACCGCAGGCGAUGCUAUCCGACUGUCGGCGAGAUUGUGGAGAAAGUUGCGGAGAUCCGGACAAGCCCCGCUGGAACUGGGAUCAACCAGCUCUACAUCAUGACUAAUGGCCGACCUGUGUUCGUUCAAGAGCUCAAGGAAGCGCUGCUGGCGGCAGGAGAAUGGAACAUGAUAUCGAGUAGUCGGGAUCUCGUUCUCGAUUGGGACCAGAAGUUCGUUUCUCAGGCCGUUGACAUGCUUAUCGCACAGCGUGCCCAAGUCUUCAUCGGCAAUGGGUUCUCAACGUUGACCUCUACUGCUGUGAUGAUGCGUCUAGCCAAUAGCUUCCCGACGAAUAGCAAUAGAUUUUGGUAG